UUACAUUUUACUCAAACCUGUGCAGAACCCGUCAUGUUCUCCAUGCAGCUGUCAAUGAUGGAUUAUUAACAGGCUACAUCAUUCAUGUGCUCUUGUGAAGGUCAGCAGAUGAUGUCACUGAAUGAUUCUGAUGUUGUGGGUGAGAAGCUCUGUUUACUGCUGAUUCAACCCAAAUGUCAAUAUCAACAGAGUGAGACACCUGUCCUUUUAAAGUGAGCGUCACAUGACCGCAUGCGUAACGCACUGCCGCGUGGAGGCGUGCGGGAGAGGGUCGUUGCCAUGACAGCAGAGUUUGCAAACUGCCCCGUUGCCAUCGAGCGAAUCGGACCGGAGCGCGCGCGUUCUCCGCAGUGCGGAUCAGACGGAGACCGAUCUCACAGCUGACGUCUCAACGCGUGGCGUUACCGCGAGAGAAUCGGACGCUUCAUCUGUUCUGGAAUUUGAUCCUGAAGCAUCAUGGGAACGUUCGGGAGCGCAGCGCUUCACCUGCAGGAUGACGGCGACGAUGAAGAUUCUGAUGAGGAGAAGAAGAAAAAGCGUCUCCCUCCACUUCUCGAGGAUGAGGAGAAUGUUUCUCUGGCAGACAUUCUGUGUUUGAGAGAUGACGGUCUGACGGAACAGGAGCUGUGGGCGGUGUGUGUGGAGUGUGUGUGUUCUCUACAGAGCAUCUCUCUCUCUCCGCUCUAUCACACGCUCUGUAUAACACCCGACACACUGGCCUUCAACGCUCACGGGAACGUGUGUUUCAUGGAACAGAUGAACGAUGAUCCUGAUGCCUGUUUUAUUCCUCCAGAGUUUGAUAAGACUGGAAACACGUUUGAGGGUCACGUGUUCUCAUUAGGCUCCUCCCUCUCAUCAGCGUUGAAUUACAUCAGUGAUGUUGAUCUGGAGUUGAGUCCAGAGAGCACACGUCUGCUGAAACAGAUGCAGAUGGAGGACCCUGAGGACAGACCGCCUCUGAAGGUCUCUGUUUCACAGGAUGUGAUGUCACAGGCGGAGGUUGUGCUCGGUAACGUCUCGCCCGCAUCCGUCUGUCGGAGUCUCUCUGCCAUCGGCCGAAGGGUUCUGUCCAUAGAGUCGGUCGCCGCACUUCAAGACGGAUGGGAGACAUCCGGUCAGCAGUUUGUGGAACAUAAAAGCUCCAGAUCAAACUCUGUGGAGAAUCCCCGCGCCGACGGUGUGAUGAUCAGAAACUUCUCGUCUGAUUCGUGCGAUGGAGAAGAGCUGGCGGUGAGACGCAGAGCUAUGAUCUCUAACGGCUCUCCGUGGUCUGGAGGUUCAUCAGACAGCAGGUCUCAGAACAGCUCGCCGGUCCACAGGAGGAGUCAGGGGAGGAGCUCAGGGAGGGCGAGGAGAGCCCUUAACCGCUCCUGCUCCGUCCCAGAUUCCAACAACCCUCCAGCGUUCUCUCCUCCUCCGCACGCACCCAUCAGCAUGAUGAUGGCCGAUCUCUCAGACAUCACAGAGGAGGAGAACGCAGUGACGGGCUGGAGUGACAGACUGCAUCGGGCCGCGCUGAAGACGGCUUCAGAUUCAGAGCGAGAGGAAUCAGAGAUGGCAGACCACACACCUGAAGCACCCGACAUACAGCAGACCCGUCAGAGAGACGCUGUAGACGAGGAAACCAGUGAGGAUGCAGAACGGCGCGCUGGCUCAAACCACAUGAGCAGAAGUAUGACGUUUCAGAAGCGGUGGAUGUCAUUGCGAGAUGUUCUCUCACAGUCUUCUCAGCCGUUCUCUGUGAAUGAGCUCUGGGCUUUAUGCCACAUGUGUCUCACAACACUUCAGACCUACAGCGACCUGCCAGAUGACCUGUGCCUGGACUCUGUGUAUGUGACCCGUGAAGGAGAGAUGCUGUUUAUGAGAUCUAAAAACACAGCCUCCUGUGACGUGUUUUUCAUGGCUCCUGAAUUUCAAACACAUGGAAUUGUGACAGAAAAGGCGUGCGUGUACGGGGUGGCUGCCAUCCUCUGGACAACAGCAAAGUUUCACUUGUCUCCAAAUCAAAAGCUGGCCAUGCCGAGAAAACUCAAGAGACUUCUGCUGGAGAUGGCCAGAAAAACUCCGGUGGAACGGCCGUCCAUUGAGACGGUGAAAAAGUGUUGCCGUGACUACCUCGCCCGUCAGGGCACGGAUGCAGAGAUGGUGUGGACGCAGCUCAUCCGCAGAUUACAGCAGGUGUUGGUUGGGUGUAGAGACCAAACAUCUUCUCCUGAGUGUGCUGAAAACACAUCUGAUCCACACUUGGGAGAAGAUCAGACAGGUUUUGUCUCAUUGGUCAGUGAAGGCCGGAUGGCUCCUGUAACUGGUCCUGUUCCUCAUCAUAACAUCCCGCUGCCAGAGGCCUUCACAUCUCCUGCCACACACUUCAGUCCCAUAGUUCUGACCCCAAACAUCCUCGAAACUGAUCAUCAAUCUGAGCGCUCCGUCUUGACAGAACGACUGACUGACUCUGUGACUUCUGACAGCAGGAUUGAGAAUAUUCUGCCAGAACAAUGUGAGGAGAGAGAUGUUGUAGAUGGAGAUUUCUCCUCAUCUAGCAGUAAAACUCUUCAGAAUUCUCCAGCGUCUCCUCAAGCGUCUGACAUCCAGCCGGAUUUAUCAACUCUGACGUGUGUUUGUGGGAUUUGUUACAACUUCCUGUUACAGCAGGACCCUCUGACGGGACAUCUUACACUACUUCCUGUUCACAUUGCUAUGCUUCAGCCAAUCACAGGCCAGGAAUCCUUAAGUGGAGGGCGGUUAAUCAAGAAAUCAGAGGAGGAUAUAAAGAAUAAAAGUGAUAUCAACAGAGAAUCUUCAGUGUCUCCUGAAAGAAGAAAUGUUAAAGUUCAUCCUGAAACUCAAUCUGUGUCCUCUCAGAGACACUCGUGUAUACAACAGAUCACUCAUCUGCUCAGACAUCAGUUUAUCUUUGAUGGACAUCUGGAGAAUGGAUCUGAAGAUCUGGCCGUGGCAGAGUACAUUUGUUCUUUGAAGAACCUUCAUUACGAGAGGUUUUGUGGAGCAGUGAAUGAGAAGUUCAGAGAUGUGUUCUGGGAUCCGGAGCUUUUGUGUGUGUUAUAUCGUCUCAUUCAUCAUCUUGGCUCUGAUCUUCAGUCUUCUUUAGAGGCUGUGGACAGAGCCUCAGUGUCGUUCCAGUGUAAUUCCAGUGAGGGAUGUGACCAGCGUUCGCCUCGGCCUUCAUCUCCACCAUCAGCACCAGAAGAAAUCCUACAGGAGAUCAAAACCCAACUCAAAAUCAAACCCUUUGGAGUUGUCCAUGAAAGUGAGCCAGACGAAUCCAUGCUUGCUAUCAGGAGGGAAGACACACAGGAAGUGAUGUCACAGGCUCCCCUGUAUGACAGCAAAGAGGUGAGUGUGCAGGGGUCCUCUGCUCUGAUGGAGAUGCAGUUCAGCACAGAUCCUGAAGGGGGCGCUGCCGAGUGUGUUCCUGAAACUGAACCCCUGUGGCACAGAAGCGAGCUGGAGGAAGGUGGAGGUGCCGGACUCACGCCAGACUGUUUACAAGCACACAUGGAGGUUGAUUCUGACUCUCUGAUCUCUGACCGGACCCUCUCUGGCUCCACGGACCCCCGGGACCCCGCCUGGGCUCUGGCUCUGUACGGAGAGGACAGCUUCAGUCCGGACGUGUUGAAUUAUGCUCAGAAACUCUGCAGUCACUGUGAAUCUCCGUCUCUGGAGGAUAAAUCACAGGAGCUUCAGCAGCAGUUGCUCAUUGAAAGCAGAAAUCUGAAAAAGACCAGAAACUUCCAUCACAAACUAAUACACCAGGAGAGAAGAAACAAAGGUUCGGACACAAAGUUGAUGAUGUCUAAAGUCAAGCUGCAGUUUGAUGAGCUGAGAGAUAAAGUUCACUUUCUACUUUCUGUCAAGAAAUAUCUCCAGGUUUUAUGGGUGGAUCAGUGGGGUUUGUCUCUCUCUCUCCUGCCGUCUCUGUCUGUCUGCGGAUCUUCAGUUCUUCAGUCCUCUGAUGAUCCAGCGGUUUUGAGUUCUGUAUGUGAGCAGCGGCGAGGCAAACACUGGCCGCUCGUGACGGCCUCUGCCGCGGGUCUGAUGGCUUACCUGUACGCCAGGAAGGCUCACAUCGAGGGGUUCAUCCGGCAGUUCCUCUACACGUUUCGCUACUUCUGCACUCCUGAAGAGCUCCUGGAGUUUCUCAUGGACAAAUAUAACAACACACUGGGAGCGACAGAAGAUCAGACGUCAGACCGUGUCAAAGUUCAUCAGAGGACUGUGGAUUUAUUACACAUGUGGGUUGAAGACGCUCUGUCUGUGGACUUCAGCUCAUGUCUUCUUCAGACUCUGGAGAGCUUUCUGACCUCUAAGGUAGCUCCUGUCCACAGUCGAGGAGAACGUUUGCUGUCCAUGCUCCAGGCCACACCCAGGAAGAGGCGUGUCUGUGGGCUGUGGUGUGCGGGCGACGCCUCCAUCAGACAAUCAGAGUAUGAGGACGUGAACUACCUGUGUAGGAAAUCACACAUGGAAGAUGCCGCUCGACAGAUCUUCCAUCGGCGUGUGCAGGAGCCUCAGACGGAUCAGACGUUCUCCAUCGCCGCAGCUCUACCUCGACCCUGUUAUGUGUCGUUCAUGAGAUCAGACGAGACGCCGACCUUCAGUCAGACUGAACACGCAGCGCUACACACCGCACAACAGCUCACCUUACUGGAGCAGGAAAUAUUUCAGGAUUGUCAUCCAGUUCAUUUUCUGAAGUCAAGAGCACAUGGAGUGAUAGAGAAAUCUGCAAACAUUUCCAGGUGUGUGUCAGUGAACGCAGAUCCUCUUCAGACUCUCCUCACAUACACGGACUGGGUCUCCAACUGGGUUUCUGCUGAACUGGUCAUCUGUGACUCUGUCAAGGCUCAGACUGCUUUGCUCGCUCGAUUUCUUGCGGUUGGAAAGUUUUGCUAUGAGAUGAGAAACUUCGCCACAGCCGUGCAGAUUUUGUCAGGUCUGGAGAAUGUGAUUGUGAGACAAUUACCGGCCUGGAAGUGUCUCCCUCUGAAGGUGUGUGCGCUUCUGGAGGAGCUCAAGGCUGUGCAGGUGUUUCUGAAGAGUGAUAAUCUGUGUCUGAUGGAGGGAUGGCAGGCGAGAGCUCCACCCACUUUACCUGCGCCUCAUAUCCUGGCCAUGCACCUGCAGCAGCUGGAGAUCGGCUCAUUCACCACCACCAGCGGAUCACUCAAAUGGAUCAAACUGAGGAACAUUGCACGUGUGGUGAGUCAAGUUCAUGCGUUCCAAGAGAAUCUGUACUCUUACACUCCAGACCUCGAGCUGCAGUCGUACCUGCGUGGACGCAUCGCUCGUCUCGGUGAAUGUGACAUCUCUCUCCUCGCCUCAGACAAUAAUGUCAACUUUAACCAGAUGGCCAGCGAUCGGCACGGCCGCAGGAUCCAGGACACGCUGCGCCGGGUGAAAGCAUCAUUUCAGUGAGUGUCUGGAGGUGUCGUCUGAACCCUGAUGUGAGAGGAACUCUGAGAAGUCAUUCAUCUUUCUCUCUUUAAACUCUCAUGAGGACAACGUGACCUCCAGCGGUCUCAGGGUUUGUGAUCAAUUACUUUUAUGAAGUUUCUCACAGGUAAACGGCCAAAUAAAACAGUCUGAGUAUAUUUAGAUGAUAUUUAUUGAUCAUUUAAGUUAGUUUGAGAGAAUUAAUUAUGUUAUUAGAUCUAAAGGUUAUAUGGGAAUGUGAAAUAUUGCGCUAAGCUUUUCAGAGUGAAGAAUAAACUGUCAUGCUUUAAAAAAUCAAUUGUUAAGUAGAUUUAAGCCGUCACCUCACUGUCACACAUUUGCAUAAAGUUAAAUUGUUGUUAAAAUCACUGAAUCCAUCAGAACAUUUUGGCAGUUUUCACACUUUUCUUGUUUAAAAGAUUAAGUAACGUUUGACAGAGAAUUUGGUUUAUGCUUGAUAUGAUUUUUACUAAAGUCUUCUGUAACUCGUGUAGUUUCAUUGAUUCAGUCAUAAUAAAUAUUUGUGACAUGAACUUGUUUCAUCAGGGCUUUAUUAGGACAGCUGACAAAACAUUUCACUCAUUUGCAGGAUUACAGUUUUUCUCGAUUGCUAACACACAAUUUACCAUUUUCUGACAACUAUAAACAAAUUCUCAGAACAACAAACCAAGUUGUACAAACCCCACACAAACACCCUCACUUCACAAAGGUUUGAUCAUAUUCUCAUUCAGAAAACACAAACAUACAAUAUAUUGAACUAAAGUGUCAAGAUGUAAACUCAAAUGACACACAUAUCAGAAUGUCCGGAUCAUAUCAAGCGGACCUCAUCCUAGAAUCAUCUACAGGGCUUUAUACUACAGUAUCAUCACAACAGACACUUUAUAUCAGAGACAUUUCACUAUUCUGUGUCCAGUAAACUGGAUAGCAUGUGUACACCCUCAAAUCUGUGAUUGUCAAAUUUAUUUGUAACAUAUUUUUUACUUGUUCUGUAUUUUGGCGGAACUCAGAGACGACUACUUACCAAAAAUAAUUUGUCAGAAGACCAAGAAAUUGUAAUAGUAUCCUGUAUCGUUGGGCCAAAGGUGCAGAGGACGCCAUGUUUAUUUAUAUAUUUAUGCAAAUGUAUUCUGUAUUGUGUUGCAUACCCAGUUUAUAUAUAUAUAUAUUUUUUUUUUUUACUUUUCAUGUCUUGUUUAUUUCAUCUACUUUCAUCUAAGAUUCCCUACCGUAACAGAGUGCAAUUGUUAAUUUUUUUCUAAAGCUCAUUGUUGCAUUUUGCUCUUUCUGCACCUUUUUAUGAUCGUAAUAGACACUAAGCUGUCAAACUACUAUUUUCUUGAAUCCCAAUAAGAGUUUUUAUCAACAGUGUCUUGAAAUGAUGUCACCAGUGUCUGAGACUGCUGUAGUGUGUGUGUUUCUGAGGGCUUGUGUGUCAUGUUUGGGGGGAAGUUUUUUUCUCAGCAUGUUUAAAUGGUUUUGAGAAGAGAGCUUCAUCUUGACCCAAAAAUAGGAUGUUAAGGGAAUUGGGUGAGAUAUUAUGGAUUUGUGUUUAGAGUUUCGAGAAAAGGAGCCAUAAUUUCAAGAAAUGUGUUUAGAAAUCGAGAAAAACAAGAAUGAAUUGCAUGUAGUCCAUUGAAUAGAUGUACGUGUUGUGUAAAGCUGGUGCACAAUGAGAUUUUUUUCAUGAAUGGAGCAGAAUAAAGUCUGUAUUUGACACAGUUUACAUAUCAAACUUUGUUGACUAUACAA